CCGAAGGCAGACGGCCGUGGCGAAGCAGGAGGUGCCCUCGUUGCUCACUUGUCCGACAGAGGUCUCACUCCUCAAGUGCAAGCGUUGCCGGGAUCAAUAGAGAGAUUUGGCCGUCAUUGAAUCGUCACCAUUAUUUGAACGUGACUUUGGAAAAGAAAGACUAAUGAAUAUAUUUUACCAUAAAGAACGUUUCCGUACGUUUAUCGCCCGUACACAUUUGGCAAUAUUCCAUAUUUGGUAGGAAGUCGAACAUCUGUGGCGGGGAAACAGUCGCUGUGUCUUCACGGAAGGCUAAUGCUAAUACGAGACUAAUUAGUUCUUUCCUCCUUGAAUCCGGUUAUGAAAAGGCUAUAUUCUAUGAUUGCUAUUAAAUCGUGUUGUGUUUUUUUUGACGAAGUAAAACGGUACUGAAAACUUCGUGAGCGAGAUUCAUAGGAAUUUCAAUGCAGACGAAGUAGUGAUCACACGCCCCUUUUAUGACAUGAUUGAUAUCAUCUCGUCAAAAAUGGAGGAACACCGUCAGGAAGGAAAGAUUGGAAACAGCAACGUCGAAAGCAAGAAAGCGGGCAAUGCGAAGGAGAAGUAUGGCCUUCGUCCGCGGACCAUCAUCAAGAGACUACAGCAAGAGAAGACUCGUCAGGAGGUUCCCAAACCACGCCCUACGAGGUCGAAGUCACGGCCGGCGCCGUUGUCGAAGUAUCGGAGGAAGACCGCCAACGCCCGCGAGCGCCACCGCAUGAAGGAAAUCAACAACGCGUUCGAAUCCCUCCGCAAGGUCCUCCCAGCGUUGGAAAUCCACACCAAUUCCUCGUCCAUGACCAAAAUCACGACGCUGCGCAUGGCAGUCGGGUACAUCCGGGCCCUGUCAGAGGUGCUGGAGGACGACGGCGAGGCCAACCUGCUCUCCCUCCAGACGAUACACCAAUCCAUCCAGGACUCCCUCCAGCACUCCAUGCAGGUGGAGACGCCGUCGACAGGGGACAUCUCCGUGCUGCAGCACGAGACUUCGAUGUCCUACUUCGCCCAGCAGUGCAUGCCGCACGUGAUGGAUUAUCGCCCCAGCUGCGGCCUCAUGUCGUCUUCUUCCAGCUCCUCCUUGGAUCUUCGAGGCUCGGUGAGCAGCGGGAGCGACCUGGAGGAGUUGCUCUCCGACGACUCGGUGUUGCUCGAGGACAACCUCGACGUCUUCCACGACAUCCAGACGUUCUGCGAAGGGGACCCUUUAGAAGUGAUCCUCGCGCCGGACAAAAUUCACCCCCAGACUUUCACACACGAAAUGUGCAAUUAGAAACACAUCGAAUGGUUGACUUUACUCUCGUGCGGACGGAAUAGUGUUUGGUGAUUGUAUAUCUACUGAGAGAAAACGCUCUUACAGAAACAAUAACACUAGAAAUAGGAGAAAAAAAAAAAACCUUUGUUGUACCUAGUCAGUUGUGUUGAUUUUCUUCGUCAUUUUAAGAGAAAUCCCAAGUGUCUCUUUGACCGAUCAGCUCGGCAGUGUAAACAGAAUAUUGUGAUGAGUCAGAUGUAUGAAUAACAAAGGGAAACUGACCAGCACAUAAACGAUACUAGUCUGAUGAAUUAAGUGCCAUAUUAACGUGUCCUUCAAAGUUGCUGUCCUGUUCAUGUUAAAGAGAUUAAAGAGUUUUAAUCAUUGACAGACGUAGUGUUAUGUUCAUGAUUGGUUUAUAUUUAUCUAGGUGUAGAUGAUCUGUGUAUUUUGUUUCCUUUUUUACGUAAUAAGUAUUGAUGCUAAUAAAAUAUGCAAAUUUUA